ACAGGGGGAGGAGGCGGAGGCGGGAGGCCAUUUUAUUCCACGAAAUUGAACAUAUUUCACACAAGAGGAGAAGUGUUUUUACCAUGUCCCAAUAAGUGUGCGCAUAUUGUAACAUGGGCGCUCAUGAUACAUUGAUGCACUAAUAAUUCUUCUGAAGCAGGCUAAUACACCACAAAAAAAUGAAGAAAGGAUUUUUGAGUCGAAAGAGUCCAUCCCUCUUCGACUCCAACGCCGGCCAAAUGAAGGACGGGGGAAUGGAACAUUUGGAGUUGGUCUUAGACUCUUCUGCAAUUCCAGAAUCAGGCACAGCUAAAGUGCGAUCUAGACCCACAGUAAAUUACUUGAACGCACACACGUUCUCAGACACCGCGCAAGGCUUUGCUGUUCCAACUCCAAAAGUGCCUCUCCUUCCUUUCCUGAACGGGCCAAAGACAAAUGGAACAGGAAGCACCCAGCAACUUCACAAUGGUGGAUUGAUUGUUGUUCCUGACGAUGAAGGUGAAAUACUUAUCCCUCCACCGCCGUCAGUGGCACCUCCACCACCUCCACCCCAAUUUAUCCCACCUUCACCAAAGUUUGUCUCUGCCCCACUUGUAUUCGGAGACUUUGAGGUCCCACCAGAACUGGCUUCACUCCAACCUCCACCCAUGCCUGCUCCCAAACCUCCAACAGUUGCACAAUCCCAGGACAUUGACCUUACUUCUCUGAAGCCCCCACCAAUGCCCCCUCCAAAGCCCCCCUCUGACACAUCCAGUACUAACAGCGUCAAAGCUUCCUUGCCCAUCUCCACACCUCUGAAUCAUCCUCCAGUUGUUCCUGACUGCCCAAAAUUCACUCCACCUCCACCACCAGUGGUAAAACAACAGCCUUCCGGGCCCCAAAAGGCACCCCCGCCAAAGCCUGUCCGGAUGUCCUCCAUGGCAAACAUUGAUAGUGCUACUGCUGUGCCUUCAAGCUUCAAUCCUCAGAACACAGCCAAGGUCUACAGCAUACCCAAGACCACUCUCCUGAGUGGAGGCAUUGACAGAGAUGUGAGACCCAAGUCAAUCCUCCUUCUGGAGGAUUCGUCAGGUGACUCCUUCCGGGUCCAUGUCAAUGGCUCCACCACGGCAAGCCCAGCUCAGACACCACUGCCUCCAGCUAAGCCAGCUCGCAGGGGAAGCUCCAACACUCUGGAUAAGGAUCUGAAGGACCUCAAAGAUAAUAUGACCGCCACCUUACCAGGCCAACCUAACGCUGUGUCUUCCAGCGCACCAAAAACUCAAACACCUCCAAAUCCCAUUUCAACCCCUCCAAAUCCGGCAGCGACACCUCCUAAAGUUUCCCCAAAAUUACAAAAAGUGCCAGCUGCCCCUGCCCCACAAGAAACAAGCCAGACAAAGGUACUGGGGGGUUCUCAAGGAAAACCCCACCAGUACAGCCCUUUACUCACCCGCAAAUUACACAACCUCAAAGCAAACGAGAGUUCAGGGACAAGGGAAGGUGUUGCUUCCCCCUUGGCCCUACUGAUGGCUGCUAAGGAACGAGAUCGGCAACGCUCAUCUUUGUCCCGUGAGAAUAGCACCAAGAGCAGCCGAUCUGUUGAGCUUCCUGUCAGGGCAACUAUUCAGCCCAGCGAAUUGAAACCCAACUCUUUCACAGUAAUCCCCAAGACCUCCUCAUCCUCGUCACUAACGUCACAAGAGAGACUUCCUGUGGAGAAACCUGAUCUCUCUGUUCAGCCAGCAGUUGCUGUAAAGCCUCAAGCUCCAGCCCAGGUCACCCCAUUACAGGAGAGAACCCUGGUUGCUAAGCAAGAACCAAAGCUCCCUGUACCCUCCACAGCACCAUCCUCUUCCCCUAUUAAUGUUAAAAAGAAAGUUCUAGAAAAUCAGGUUAACAACCCAGCUCCAGCCUUAUCCUGUGCUCGUGAUCAGGAAAAAGGAGAGGACUUGAGCAUUCCUUUUAUUCCUCCCCCUCCAGAGUUUGCCAACUCAGAUCCCGAGGAUGGGGAGGGCCCCCCUAGCACACCUCCUCCCGAUCCUCCCUCAAAGGCAACAAUACCACCACCACCUCCUGCAAAGGGCCCACCUGUCAGUCCUUUGCCCAUCACAAAGGGACCUCACACUGCCCAAAAACCAAAGCCGCCAACCGCACCCCAGCUUCCACCAUCGCCAGGUGAACUGAAAGCCAAAAUAGCUCAGCAGACCAAGCCGAAGCUUCCCCAAAAUCUUCCCCCAGCGCCUACGUCUGCCAACCAGGCUACUCUUCUUAGUAUCCUGCAGAAGAAAAUGCUGGAGAUGGAUCCAAAAUUGUCAGUUCCAGUCAAGGAGACAGACAACAAUACAGAUGAAUGGGGCACCAUGCCGCCUGAUGAAGGGGUCAUCCCAGUCCCACCUAAGACUUCUCCCAAAGCUAAGGGCGCCACACUUCCAGCACAGAGUCGAGGUCUGGAUAUGCGGGAGCUUGAGACCAGAGUGGCCCAGAAGAAGGCAGAAAAUGUAGCUGCAUUAUCAAAAACAGCAACAAGUAAUGGACCAUCCAAGCAGCCUUACGGUAUGACGUUCACAAUACGGCCUGGGACAAAACAACCAAUUACUCCCAUCAGUAAAAUUGAUUCAUGAAGUCCAUUUUCACCACCAAGACUGCUUUUGAAGUACAAAACCUCAGAUACGAGACACACUAGUGCCUUUAUAAUGCUGAGCAUGGGCAACCAUGAGCACUUUCCUCUUUUCAUUUUGACAUGGGGGAAAAACGAACUCAAGAAUGUGCCUGAUUUUUCAGCCUUCAAAUAUUCUGCUGAUAGCAGGAUGCAUUUUCUUUUCUUUGUUAUUUAACCUUCUGUGCUUUCAGCGUCAAAUACAUUCCGACCCUCUGUUGAAGUGCUAAAGUUCUUGGAGUGUGUCAGACUUGCCUUGAGCAAAAUGGCUGUUAACUUCAGCAAUUGAAUAUUGCCUUCUUGUUUUAACCCACGGAUGCAAUGGCCAAAUAAACUGAUGUUACUUUCACUGCUGACAAAAUAGUUGUGAGCGGUCACAAAAUGUUUCUACAAAUGGUACAGAUAUAGAAAUGUUAUAUAUUCUUAUGGACAUAAAGAUGUGCAAAUUAUUAAGAUGUGUCUUUUUCAAAGUACUGAAUACUAUAAAUCAUUCCCAUCCUAAAGAAGUAUGCAUAUUUAUAGUUAACCUGAUGGGAAUUAGUUUCCCAUUCUCAUUUAGUUUAAACAUUGGUCACCCAUUCCCUAAUGCAGGGAGGCAAAUGUAAUGCUUUUUAACAAAAGAGUAAUAUUUAGUUUGGCUGCCAUCAUCACAUCAUCUUACAAUAAUGCUGUAUCAUUUAUGUAUAACUGGAUUUUGUAAGCCUGUAAGAAUGUAAAUAUGCACGUCUCACGGCCAAAACACUGUAUAGCCACGUGCUUGGAUGUGAGAGUUAAAGGCCUUGUUAGCCUGGAUACUAUAUUAUGGGGUACUGUAUUGUCCCACUCUGCUUAACAUAAUUUUAUAAUGUUUAUAAACAGUGCCUGUAUAUUUACAACAUUAACCUCAAAUUAAAAGGGGACAGCAUGAGCACAA